AUGGCGGACAUUUUUACGACUGUUCAAAGCUCAGAUUUAAAAGUUGGCAGGCUUGUCUCAAUAGUAGGAAGGGUUGAGAAUUCGCAUGAAUCUGGAGUUUAUAUAAGUGACGAGAAAAAUAGAGUAAAAAUUACCAAUAUUCCGAGAGGGACAACUGGAUUGAUUGAGGUUAGAGGAAAUGUAGUUGGAAAUCUCCAAAUUGAUAAUUAGGGAAUUUAAAGCAAGAUGCUAGCCAUAUUGUGAAACAGUCGCCAAAGACCUCCCGUCCAUCCCAGAGGGUCUGUCCCUCGAAAAUGGAUGCCACUUCAGGUACCUUCUGUCUCCUCCUUGUAGAUUCAGUCUUGAGUGGACGGCUUAUGGAUUCUGCCACCCUCGGAGAGAGAUUGGAGUAGCUUUACUCCAAGGAUCAAGCCCUUGGAGUCUCUUGGGAUUCGAAGUGACUUCCUUCGAAUGCUUCAAGAAAAACCUGCUCGUCUGUGGCCUGGGUUGAAACCGGUUUCUCUGUAAUGCCCAUGGGUCAUCGAAUCAAAGGACGUUGUUAGGAAUUCCAUUUCCAACCACAGGAAAGCAGCCAAAACCUACCCGGAUACACAUCUCUUGAUCCUGCACUUGAUUCUCAGCUCGGAGUCAGUCCCAGUUCGCCGUAGCGAUAAGGUAUGGACCCGUUGUGCCAGAAGGCAGAUUGGCGCGUGCCACCAUUUUAAUGUAUAUAAUUGAUAACCAGGGAUUUACGAAAUUUACUGAUGAGGAGUUUAAUUUUGAAACACACAGGAGGAUUCUUGACUUUUUCAAAAGAUUCCCAGAGUUAACUUCAAUUAAAAAUUAA